AUGGGGUCUCUCAAACUGAUUUCCUUCCUUUCUAUCUCAUUAGUUUCAAUAGUUACAGGCUUUCCGGGUACUCCUCCUGAAGCAUACUCUUCUGGCGACUUGAUUGAGGCGAGGGAUGCCGCUGCUCAGCCUAUUUGCUUGCCAAUCCCCACUGUCUUGAAAACAUCGGAAGAUUUUGUUGCUAAAGUUCACGGCAUCUGCCAGCGCGAUGAGCACUCUGCUUUCCCUCAAAGCCUAGGCCUUGUGGCACGGCAAGUCGUAGAAGACUACUCGUGCGAUCAGAAUAGGCCGUGUAGGAACGGGGCUUGCUGCGCGAAGACAGGCUUCUGUGGCUUCGGUCCGGAUUCGUGUGGCACUAAUGGCGAGUCUCCAAAUGAUAAGUGCUGGAGUAACUGUGAUGCCCACGCCGAAUGUGGACGCUACGCAGAAGAAGAGGGCAAAGAGUGCCCUUUGAAUGUCUGCUGCAGCCAGCACGGUUUCUGCGGAACAACGUCUGAAUUCUGCGAUGUGACAGACGACGAAAAGACGUCGUGUCAGAGCAACUGUGAGCAGCCUGGCUCCGGAAGCUCAGGCGGAGAUGUCCAGAAGCGAGUCAUUGGCUACUAUGAAGCGUGGAACCACAAGAAGACGUGCAUAGGGAUGCCAAUUCAGGACAUUCCUGUCGGCAGUAUCACCCACUUGUACUACUCCUUUGGAUACAUCCAACCCGACUCGUACGACAUCGUCACAAUGGUUGACGAGAAGGGCCAGAGCCCCCCAGAGAGCACCUUCACCGAAAUGACGGAACUGAAAAAGAAGAACCCGGCACUAAAGAUUAUCGUGGCGCUUGGGGGAUGGACCUUCAAUGAUAACCACACUAUUUGGCAGCCGGUCUUCUCAGACAUCGUUUCAACCCAGGACAAAAGAUCCAAGUUCAUCAACAAGCUGAUGUUCUUCCUCACAAAAGCUGGUUUUGACGGGGUCGAUAUCGACUGGGAGUAUCCAGGUGCCCCUGAUCGGGGCGGUCACUCAGAUGAUGGUGUCAAUUUCACAAAAUUGCUCAAGGAGAUGAGAACAGAAUUUGACAAGAUGACGGACUAUAAGGAAAUAUCCUUCACGGCCCCAACUAGCUACUGGUACUUGCGCUGGUUUGAUAUCAAGGCUAGCUCCGAGGCAGUGGAUUUUGUGAACGUGAUGGCCUACGAUCUCCACGGUGUCUGGGACGGGAACAAUCCCAUCGGAAAAACAGUACUGGCACACACUAACCUGACGGAAAUAAGCCUUGCUCUCGACUUGUUUUGGCGGAACGGCGUGGAUCCGGGCAAGCUUAACAUGGGACUCGGCUUUUAUGGCCGCUCGUUCCAACUUGCGGACCCUUCUUGCUUCCGACCAGGAUGCAUGUUCAAGGGAGGUGCCUCAAAGGGUCCCUGUACGGACAACUCAGGCACGCUGAGUUACCGAGAAAUCAUGGAUAUCAUCGAUCAGAAUUCCUUGACACCAUAUUAUGACGAGGACAACGCGGUCAAGUAUAUUACAUGGGGUGGCGACCAAUGGGUCUCAUACGAUGACUUCGAUACCUUUCAAAAGAAAAUUGAAUUCGCCAAUGGGCUCGGUCUAGGGGGUGUCCUAAUCUGGGCCGUCGACCUCGACACUCCAGACCUCGACGCUCUAUCCGCUGUCAUAUACCCAGAGCAGCUUGGCGCCAGGGCCGAACAAGCGACAGCGGCAAACAACUGGGAAGACGCGGAUGGUGGCCAUUGUCGAGUUACCGAUUGUGGCUAUCCUUCGUGCAAUGCUGCGGACUUUGCUGUCCGCUGUCCUCCGCCCCAAAGUCUGAAGACUGAACAAGUGCUUGGCGAGGAAACCCUGAGUGGUGCAAUGGCCAAUGUCACGACGGCGAGGUCGCGCUGCAAUCCUCACUUUGGGGAGAUGGAGACAAAUGCUGGGAUGGCAGGAAAUUUUACUGCUGCCCUGCGGCCGCUCAGCAGCCCGAUUGUCGAGAAGAAGAAAUUCUGCUGCGACAAGGACCAAGGCUGGAAGAACUGUGCCUGGCACGGAAAACCGGGCAACUGCUUCGAUAAUCAUUGCGACACCGGCUGGCAGGUUGCACUCGCUGUUGUUGACGAGGGAGAAGGCGAUGAUUGUGGCAUCCUCAAGCGAAAGCGCAGUUUCUGCUGCGAUCCACCGGACGGAGAAUCACCAUUCCUCCCCGUGCCUUUAGACUAUUUGUUCCCAGAUCCGCCACCGGAAGACACGGCGGAUACUGACUUCGAUCUGAAGGUCGAUCCAACAUAUGGUGGCAGCAAUGACGUCCCCUUCAAUGAAGACCCCAAGAACUCACCUUUCGGAUUCGUUGUACUCGCCAGCCCCGAGGAGCUGCAGGUCUCGAUAGACAAGCGUGACGGGUCCCACUGGGAGGUCUUCGACUGCUUCGACGGCGUCACUGAAGGCCAGCAUACAGUCCGCAUGGUCUGCACUGAUACUUCCGAGAACUCGAACUGCGGAAAGAUCCACCUCGGCCAUGGUGCACCUGGUACCAUCGUCGAGAUGCCACGCGGCUGUGGGCCGGGCAAGUACGCCGUGGUGAAAUCGCUCACCGUCAGCCAGAACCAGGGGCUCCCGCAGCAUCUGGUUAAGAGAGGUCUUAUAGCCGAUAUGUCUGCGCCGGUUCAUGACUUGACAUUUGACUAUGACUUUAGACGUGUGCCUAGAGACCUGGGUAGCACCCAAAUCAGGAUCGACUACAGCAACGAGCCUGAGUAUUGGGGGAAUGUGGUCGACAAGGCUGCAGGCAGUAAGAAGAACAAGCGCAGUCUAGCUGAUGUUGGAGGAUCUCACAAGAGAUGGCUCGAGGAAGAAUGGCGUGAUGACUAUCACUUUGGCGCCCUUUCGCACGAAGACCUGCACAAGAGAUGGUUCGGAGAGGACGUGAUCAGCUGGCUGAGCGGGCUCAUCAACGGCGUGAGCGGUGGCUUGGAUCUAAGCCACAGUUAUAGUGAGAAAAUUGUGGUCAAGCUGGUUGACGAACGCCUAACAUGCCCCAAUGUCGCCGCCAAGCUUGAAAUCAAGGCAGAGACAAAUAUUGACGUGGACACAAACUACGGAUUCACCCUUAUUGCGACACUCGACAACCUCAACCUCGACUUCAGCAACUCGUACUUGUAUUUCCGUAACAAGGGAAAGGUCGAAGCAAAAUUCAUUGUCGAUGCCGCCGUCACGGUCCGUUUCGAUACCGAGGAUGUCCUGUUGCUCUCAGCUGACAAGUUUGGGGCGGCUUUCUCGGUGCCCGGUAUUGUUACCAUCGGCCCCAACUUCAAAGUUUUUGGCCGUCUUGAAGCAGAAGCUACCCUCGGCGUCAACCUAGAGAGUCAGGUUGUUCUUGCAGAAUGGGACACAAGGCAGACCUACCCAGUAGCUAACGACGACUGGGAUCCAGAAGCAUCCAAGAAUCCUAAAAAGGACGGGACGCAGAGCGUGCUAGAUCCCACAUUUGAGUAUGGGCUGCGUCUUGAGGGCCAGGUCACAGCGCACGUAAAGCCCAUGAUCACAUUCGGCAUCGACUUCAACAAGGACCUCAUCAGCAUCGACCCGGUGGCCGUAAACUUGGUAGCCGACGGCUGGGUGCGGUUCCACGCCGACUUCGAGACGGGCAGUAGUGGCACAUCUUUCUGCUAUGGAGUUGACGCCGGUGCAGACAUAUACGCCACGAUCGAUGCGCCGGAGCCCUUUAAAUGGGCUCUCCCCUCUUCUCCGUUUCCCAUCAUUCCUAUCGACACAGUACAGAUUUACCCACCCGAAGGUGGAGAAAAGUGCUGGUCGCCUUCAAAGCGAGAUCUACUCGAGAUUGAAGGAUAUGAUGUUUCAGAAAACUUGACGGGUUAUCAGUCUCUGCCACCGCGAUCGUUCGGCCGCCGGCGCAAUGAAGUACUUGUCGAGCGCAGCUCUGCCACGCUCGAAAAGCGAGCCCAAGUAUACGGUCCGCUUGUGCCUCACCUGACUGGACUUCGCUGUCCCGGAGAGAUCCAACUCGGUGACAUUCCUUCAUGUCCACUAUGCACUAGUGAAGAGGAUGACGACAGCAGCCUGGUCCGACGGCAGGACGAGGAAGACGUCUGCGUCUUGGAGAGAGAUAACGGCGAGACACAAUGCUCGGCCGAAAGCACCAAGAGAGACAGUGUUCUCGUCAAGAGAACCACCAAGAAGUUGUCGUGGCAGGAUCACCUGGGAACUACCCACUCGUUGUCUUGUGGUACAUAUCCCAGCUGUGAUGAUGCUAAGAGUGAUGGAUCCAUCUCCAAGUGGUGGGGCUAUGAGAUUGACAAGUCGCAGGCUUGUCCCGUGCAGAUUCAACAUCUAACAAGAAACUCCGUGGGAUUCAAGCAGGGAGACUAUGCCACUGACCACGUCUACGAGGCAAAUUUCAUCACGGCCUUCCUGACUUUCCUCAUCAACGGGCCUCUCCCUGCUGGAUAUACUACGGCUAGCCGACAAUGGGUCUCGGAGGUGCUUGUCGGUGUGCCCACCACCGCCAACGCCAUCCAGAUUGACAACGCCGAUUCUCUGUUCUACGAUAUGACCAGGGCACUUGGCGGGAAUGGUGGAGGCAAGGACCGCCUAGCGCUCCUGUACGGUGAUAUCAACAGCAAGAAAAGGGCGUUUAUGCAGUUGAACGAUGUCGAUCAAGAGGACCGGAGCAGCAACCUGGCGUCUCGCCGGCUUCAUCGCAACACAUACGCAGUCUUCUCGUACAUGAACCAAGACGUCAUCUGGGACAAGUUCACUGCCAGCUCCCAACUCAUAGAAGGGUCACUGCGCGACUUUGACAACGCGUACCAGUGGGGCAGCGCAGCCGGCGAGAUAGGCCGGCCGACCAAUCGAGCACCAAACCAGCCGGCGGCCGGGCUACGCGACCUGUACUGCUUCUGGGUCGACCUGCAGCUCAACUCGAUCGAGGCCAAGGCGGACAACUGGGUCAACUCGGCACGCACAAAGUACGAGUCGCGAUACGGCGGCGAGCCGCGCGGCAUCGAUUGGCUUGCUACCGAGUUCAACGCCCAGACGGGCACCAUCCGGAGCGCGAACCUGAGGUUCCCGGCCGCGGGGCUCAACAAGCAUGGCCGCACGGGCGGGCCUUUCAAUAGUGACUUCCGCGGUCUUUGGACGGGUCAAGCUGGGCCGUGGUGA